UUCAGCAAAAAUGGAAAAUAGUUCUAUGGACUGCUCUACUACCAUCUUGCAACUUCCUGAUGAUUGCUUACAUUUGAUUUUUCAACACCUUGAUUGUAGUUGUGACCGUGAAUCAUUUGGCCUGACCUGCCACCGUUGGCUACAGAUUCAAAAUUCAUGCCGAAGAUCCUUGCAGUUCCAUUGUUCACUCAAUCUGCUCAAUAUUUCCUCAUUAUCUCAAUCCACUAGCCCAAGCAUUAGUGCCUUCCAUUUGUUUAAGUUACUAAACCGUUUUCAGCAGCUGCAAUCAUUGUCUUUGUCUGGCUGUACCGAUCUCCCCGAUUCUGGUUUAACACAGUUGCAGUAUCAUGGUUCGAAGUUGCAUAGUCUGAACCUUGACUGUUGUUUUGGAAUUACUGCUGAUGGGCUUGCCUUGGUUGCUUCGGGCUGUUCUUCCUUGACUAUUCUCAGUCUUUACCGGUGUAAUGUAACUGAUUCCGGGUUAGAGACCUUGUCUAAAUCUUGCCUGGCGUUGGAAGAUCUGAAUCUUGCGUAUUGUUCCCUUGUUUCUGAUGCUGGCGUGAGGGCCAUUUCUCAAAACUGCCGUCAGCUUCGGGCUAUCAGAAUAUCGUAUUGUAAAGCUGUUAGUGGCAUUGGAUUUCAAGGCUGUUCCCAAACGCUAGCUUAUGUAGAAGCUGAUUCCUGCAAGCUCGAACCAGAUGGCAUACGGUGUGUUCUGAGCGGGGGUGGGCUUGAGUAUCUGAGUGUGUUGAACCUGAGCUGGAAUAUUUGUGGGGAUGGUCUGACCGCCAUUGGUUCUGGAUUUGCCUUGAGGCUGAGAGUGCUCAACUUCCGUUUCUGCAGAACCAUUGGUGAUGCCACGAUCGUGAUGAUUGCAAGAGGCUGUCCACUGCUUCAAGAAUGGAACCUAUCACUCUGUCAUGAGGUCAGAAUACUGGGGUGGAGAGCUGUUGGAUCAAACUGCCCUAACUUGAAGACACUCCAUGUAAACCGAUGUCGCAAUCUAUGCGACCAGGGAUUGCGGGCUCUCAGAAAUGGCUGCAAACGACUCUCGACCUUGUAUAUCAUGCGCUGUGCCCGCCUGAGUUCUACUGCAAUCGAGAUCUUUAAGCUUUCUAGAGGGGAUGUGGAGAUCAUUGAAGAUGAAAUAGCAUGCAUUGCACCAAAGCAGGCCUUCAGGUUUUAAUAGGAAGAGAAUAAAUUACAUUAAGAUUAUUACAUAAUGGACUUGAGAUUUAAGCUUAGUUUAGCUUGCCAGAAAGUUUCCAGUUGGAGCAUAGUUGAAUGUUUCAAUGGAGUUGGUAAUUCACAUUAUUUUCUGUUACCAUAAUUGCACUCAUUUUAGCCUAUGGCUAGCAAUUUCUGGUUAAAACUUAUAGCUUCAGUACAGAUGUGGAACUAUGAUUAUAUGAUAUGUUUUCUUUCUUUAGUUUCUUACA